GCAGCCAGCUGUUUCCCACAGCGACCAGGAGAUCUCUCAGUCGAGGAAGAGGAGCGUCAGCAGCAGCAGCCGGCCGAGCCACCAUGCCGGGGAAGGAGAGCGUGUGGGUCCUGCCUCUGGUUCUGCUGGGUCUACUGCGUCCCUCGGCGGGGGGAUACCCGUUAACACAGCUGUGUCGUUCCACAAAUGACACCAUUUACAGGCACGGCGCGACUGUGCUCAAUGGGAGCCGCGCCGUCUCCUUCAGCGAGUACGCAGGGAAGACGGUCCUCUUUGUCAACGUUGCAACAUACUGAGGACUCACUUUCCAGUACCUGGAGCUGAAUGCACUACACGAAGAGAUGAAAAACUAUGGAUUCACGAUCCUUGGGUUUCCUUGCAAUCAAUUUGGCAAGCAAGAACCAGGGAAAAAUCACGAAAUUCUACCAACUAUAAAGCAUGUUAGACCGGGCAAUGGAUUUGUUCCAAACUUCCUGCUGUUUGAGCGCGGUGAUGUUAAUGGAGAAAAUGAGCAAAGUGUUUACACUUUUCUGAAGAACUCCUGUCCACCUGUUGGGGACAGCUUCGGAAACCCCACGAACAGGCUGUUCUGGGAGCCCCUGAAGGUUAAUGACAUCAAGUGGAACUUCGAGAAGUUUCUGGUGGGACCAGAUGGGAAGCCUGUGAUGAGGUGGUUUCCCAGGGUCAGCGUCUCUGAGGUCCGGGCCGGCAUUUCGAAAUACCUGCGCCUACAAUACGCUCAAGAGAUUUUAGGUUAGCAUUCUCGCUUCGUUGUAUAGUUGGCAAAUGUGUUACGUAUAGGUUUUGGCUCAUUUUGUCUCGCCAAUAAGACAACUGUAAUGUGUGCGCUUGAUCCCACGCAAAAUCUUUCACGCGAAAUACAGAUGAAGAGGAUGAAGUAAAAAUGUAGGGAGUACACAUUAAAUUGCCGCAGUAAUAAAGUGUAAUGUCACAGCUAACUGUACGCAACAGCUUCUGAAAGACAGAGGUGGCAUGCUUAAUGAAAAGGAGGCUUGAAAACAGCAACCCUGUGGUGCCUCUUUGGAGUCUGGGGUAACGGGGCAGCCCUUCAGUGCAUUCGGGCUGUGCUGCAAUCCCACAGUGCCAUGUCAUCUCCUAAAACCAGAUCCUGUUAGCCAUUACCAUCCAAGUGUCAAUUAUUUUCAAUAAAUCAUGGAAAAAGAC